AUGACAGAAUCUAGAAUCUUCGGCAAAAAGGCGUACCAGAAAGGGACAUCGACGCCACAAGAUUUGUUGUUGCCACCAAAUCCUGUUCUUCAGACCAAUUUCUCUGAAAGUAAGUUUUCCACGGACAGUCCAUUCCGGACUAACUCUGACCUAACUUCCGAGCUCAGAGAUCCAGAAAAGAGUCUGUGUAGUCGUUGUUUGCCUCCUCCACGCUCCAGCUUGGAAAAUCUUAUCUGGAAAUCGCCUUAUCUUACUGUUCUUCAAGAAAUGAGAUUUGUCGAAUUGAACGAUACAGCCCGCAGCAUUCUUAAUACGAAUUGGUCCCGUCGACCAGAACUGAAGCAUGCUUGCGUAAAAAUGCUAGCGGGCUGCAUCUUGUUGAAGCCAGGGAAACAAGCAGCCCUGGCUGCCUACGUCGAAGUAUAUUGUCGAGCACAAGCAAUUGAUAUCUACGAAGAGCGGACUGAACAAACAAUUGACGAUGCCACGUGCUCGAUGCUACCUAUAUCAGUCCAGGACCCUCAGGGUUCACUGAAAGGAUUUGAAAUCUCAAACAGCACGGGCAUUUUCUUAAAUCAGAAUUCCAUUGACGAGGCCCAAAAGUUUCUUAAUAAAAGCAAGCGACCAGGAGUAGGAGAAGAAGAUCAGAUACUGCAACUUAGAAGUAAUUUCCAUCACAUUGCCACAUGCUUUUUGAGUAGAGCACCAAGCACAAUCGUAGAGAGUCCCUUGAUGCAACCGCUUACACUCUUUAUGUUAGCGGAAAGUCAGAGCCUUGGAAAAGGAACAGCAAGGAUAGCUGCAGAGCUCUCUAACGAAAUUGCAGAAAAUAUUUUGAAGAAUGAGGAAGGAGCACUAUUUUGA